GCCUCAAGCCGCCGACCUUUCGGAUGACAAGAGUGGGCCGCAACGCAAUGAAGUUUUUGCUGCUCUCCACAUUGCUUUCGCCGCUGGCUGCAGUGCGCCGUCUCAAUGCGACCGGUGUAACAGCACCCAGUGUGAUGCAUAACGGGCAGUCUAUCGAUGUAUCCGCUUACAGCGAGGCGAUGCAGACCAGUUUUCACAUCGUGGCCAAAGUGAAGUUUAACAGCAUGAAUGCAAACUAUCCGAACAUUCUCUUUGGCCAUGAUGGCAGUUCAAUGUGCUUUACGUCGCAUGGUUUGGGCCCCGCAUAUGGCGCAAAGAAGGGUAAAGCAUGCUUUUACUUGCAAACCAGCACCAAUCUUGGGCCACACGGCCGCGGAAUCGACUACAACGGCGGGUGGCUUCCAUCGAAAAUUCGGCUGGAUGAUCAGCAGUGGCACAAGUACGAGUUGAUCAAAGGCGUGGCCGGAACUGCCUUGAUCGUGGAUGGGCAGAGGAUUGAAGAUCAACUGGCGGAUGUCGAAAAGGACAGCAGCAAAUUUAUCAUGAAACGCUGUACUAAGAUCGAGGUGGGCAAAGCUCAAGGUAAGAGCGGUUUUGAUGGAGAAAUCGGUGAUGUUCAAAUUUUCGUCCAGGGCAAACAGGUCUUUGGUCCAUCGUUGGGCAGCUACGACUUGGCUCACGGAAUUGCCCCAACAGGGUCCUCGGACAGCCACUGGGGACGUUUCUAUGGCGCCACUGAUGGCCUUGAAGACAGGGUUUGGCAUUCGAAAAAUUGGGAGCACCCGAGCUACCUGACUUUGGAGCUCGCUGUGCCAUCCAAAAUUGAUGGGAUGAAGAUCCUCACGCCGCUCAACCAUCUGAACUACGGAUUCAAGACUUUAGAAAUUUUUCGUUCCGAUGAUGGAAAGUCUUGGGACCUGGUGCGGUCCGACACGGUGAACGAAUGCAAGAAAGGACGCGUCAGUGAGCAUGACGGCUGGGGACCGGUGACCAAAUUCGUGCAGAUCAAGAUGAAAGACAGGUGCGGUGGCGGAGCCUUCGCCAUCGCUGAGUGGCAGGUCUUUGGAGUUCCAGCAGAGAACUUGGCCCAGGGCAUCGUCCCCAGUGGAUCGUCAGAUUCCAAGUGGGGACGCUUUGCGGGCGCCACUGACGGCAAGAACGAUGGGGUUUGGCAUGCUGGAAAUGGUGACUACCCAUCCAGCCUCACUUUGAACUUGGGCUUAGCUACCAGCGUUUCAGGGAUGACUUUGUUGACGCCUGCGGGUUCACCCAACUACGGCUUUAAGAGCUUGAAAAUCAUGCGGUCCAUGGAUGGAACCAGCUGGACAGCUGUGCGCACAGAUUCCAUCAGUGAAUGCACAGCUUCGCGGUCGUCUUUUCACCCUGGCUGGCCCGAGAAGACCAAAUACGUGAAGAUCGAAAUGUCUGAAAGGUGUGGUGGUGCCCACUUCGCGGUGGUUGAAUGGCAGAUCUUUGGUACCCAAGACAAAUGCAAAGGCAAACUGUUGCCUGAGAGUAACGAUCGAUUCCCUUGCGACAGCAUCAAGGAUGAGACAACUUGCCGAAAGAGUUAUAUGAAGAUCCCCACGGGCGAGACGUUUCAGUGUGGCGUGCGAAAAGCUUCGGAGGAUGUGUCCAACUGCCUAGUGGUGUCGGAAUGCGAUGUCGCAUGAGAGCAGCAGCCAUGCGUAGACAAGAUACCUUGACAUCCACAUGCAGCAACGCGCAGAAGUGCACGAAC